AAACAAAAACAAAGAAAGAAGAGAUUGAGAAUUGCUGUAGUGAAGACUAUGGAGACAUAUAAUAUCUGUCUUACCUGUGUAGGUGGGCUUUGUGUGUUAUGGUGUGGGGUGUGGUGCAUCACCGUGUCAAGCACUCCCUCCCAACAUCCCCGCAUCUCACGGGAAGAGAGAACCUACAUCCUGGACAGUAUAGGGGGCUCCCACAAGGUUUCCCCUACGCCAUGGUUGUUAAUGAUGACGUCAGCAGCCACGUGGGCUUGUUUGAUUGGGCAUGUUUGUUCAGAGUGGGCAACUCAGACUCUGAGGACGCAUGCGCCAACUUUCAUGAAUGAAGUCUUCAACUUUAAUAUAACCGAGAACGGACUUCUUUCCUCCAUCCCAUAUAUGAGCCAGACUGUGUCCUCUUUGAUCGCCGGUCAGUUGGCGGACUACCUCCGGUCAAGAAAAUACCUCAGCACGACGGCCACACGGAGGAUCUUCCAAAGCGUAGGAUUUAUUGGGACAGGUGCGAGUCUAGUCUGUACUGGGUACGUUGACGUUGACGACCGCUACGUCGCUGUGUUUCUCCUUGCGUGUGCUAUGUGGUUCAUUGGCUUGGGAGCUGCAGGAUUUAUGGUCAACGUUGUGGACUUUGCCCCUAGGCACAGCGGCGUGUUGUUCGGCGUGAUCAACUCCAUCAUGGCACUAGUGGCGGGUGUUGGGGGGCCUACGGUGGCUGGUGCUUUGACUCCAAAUAAAACCCAGGAAGAAUGGCGGAACGUGUUCUACGUGUGUGGGGGGUUCUGUGUCCUGGGGACUGUGGUGUUCGGCACCCAGGCCCGGGGGGAGCUGCAGCCCUGGGCCGUGGAUCAGGUGGAGGUAAUCGUGGGGGAGAGCAAGGAUGUCCCGACGGUGUCGAGCAGUGCGCUUCAACUCAACAGUGGCAGGCUUGAAGAGAAAACUACACGCAUUUCAACUCAUCUAUAAUUUCUGAUGAGAUAGUGCUUGAUACAGAAGUGAGAUGUGUGUGUGUGUGCCUGUGUUAGGAAAGGGUGUGU